UAUGCACAAGCUGAUUGUGAUGUCACGGAUGCCAACAGCAAAGAGUGUUCGGCGUCAGCAUUCUUGCCCUGCCGUCAGUCUGCCAACUGGCUUGGUUGACAACGGUUGGUGACCCAAGGAGCUGCUGAGAGACGUGGACCAUCUCUCUGUCAACAACUUCUUGAAUCAGCUAUUUCCACAGGUGUUUGAGGAACAAAAGGAUGAGUUUUUACAGAAGGUAAUUCCCAGAUUCUUUCCCUGCUCAUUAGAUCGCACACGACAGGUCGGCGCCUCCUUCUCCUCGGGACGGGUGGGGGCGGGUGUGGCAACAGGCAGGUCUCAGCGUUCCCUUUUGAUUUGAAAGUGGCCAUCUCUCAGGUCUCCUCCUGCUUCAGCCUGUCAGGUUCUUUGGAGGCAGAUUUAGAUGAUUUUAUCUUUCAGCAGACUAGUCGGGGGCAAUUUCCAGGGAUAGAACCAAAAGGGAAGAUAACAAAACCAAAAAAGAUAAUAAAAACCAACAACCUUCAGUCUGACCCUGGGCAAUUCGCUUCAGGGCUCUGGGCCCAACUUCCAUCCUCUGUAAACAAAAUGUUAAGAAUGUUUCUUUCUGCUGCAGGGACGAAGAAGGAGCCGUCUGACACGAAGGGGAAGUGGGAAAAAGGAAGCCCAGAAGAGCAGGAAGAAGAGCGCACUCCCAGCCCCUCAUUAACAAGCAGCUCCCAUAUGACGAUGACCCCCAGGGAGCACCCUUCCUCAGCCCCGCUCCAUGCCCUGCUGAUGGCAGCCGUGAAGGGUCUGACAACACCCACCCUGCAGAGAUUUAGAGCCGCAGAGGAAGAGCUGAGGGCCAUCGUAGCUCUCCACGGAGACAAGAUGGAGAGAGUUGGAGACAUCGUGGGAGGGAUCUUAAUCUGGCUCGACAACAGCUGUGAUCCCAGAGCCAGAAGAGCAGUGCUCAGGGCCAUGGCCUUGCUGGCUCGCUCCCACCCCCAGGACGUGGUUCUAACCUGUGUGGCUCACACGCUCUCAUCGCACAGGUAGGGAGCUGCUUUGUUAUCUCCUCAGUCCAGUAGUUCUCCUCCUGCUCCUACUGACAGGCCACAGGCCGGGAGGGGUCCGUGGGGCUCACACAGUUGGAGGGAGUUUCCUGCUGUGCAGAGAGCUGUCCACGCUUCCUAAGAGGAGAUGGCCAGGCCCAGCCACUAAGGAGCCAACCCCUCCUCCUACACUCCCCGGGAUGGAGACAUGCCACUUUUCUGGAGAAUUCCAGCAUUCUCCUGAUUUCUAUGGGUCACCCCACUUCCUCUCAGAUCCAGUACAGGGCCAAUCAAUGAUUUGGGGGCUCACUCAACAUCCCUGGCUCAUGAGGUCUGGCUGCUUCUUACUGCAGGAGAGAAGGCAGAGACGGAAAAGGGACAUGAGGCCCAUCUGUCUAUCCCCUGGAGACCAGUGCAGGAUUCUUACCUGUCCUAAGACCCCCCAGUUAUUCCAUGGCUGAGGAAUUGGUGACAAAAUGCACUCAUCCUUAUGGAACGGUGGGGCAGAGGUCAAUCUCUUAAAACAGACAUUUCCAGCCCUUUUUGAUGCAAAAGAAAAUAAAAUAAAAUCAACAAAAAAAUCAUCCCCACAUGACCAGAGCCUAAAUGCAGUGCAGCGAGCAGACAGCUAGCAUUAAUAGCUCUGAGAGGGGGGAGUGCCUCUUUCCACCUCAAUAGAUUGUUAACUUUCAGUCCUGCUGGUUAU